UUCCUGGCUCCUCCUGACUGACUUAAUUUCCUUUCGCUGUCUUUCUCCACCAGGUGUGGUGCUUGUCUUUUGUGUUCAUGUGUGAUUCAAGUGAUUCUUGUUUGGUCGGUCUCUGCCUUUUUGUUCUAGAGAGAUCUCCUGGUGCUCUUGGGGCACUCUCUGCUCCUGUUAUACUGGUGAUGGCCUUCUCUGUUCUUGUGCUGAAAUCCUGCUUGAAUCAACAGAGUUUCUUUAGGUUUUUUUUUUUUGAUUCUUGAUUCAUGUGUUGUUCUUGAGGAAGAGGUCAGGAGAGUUCAGUUGGGUUGGAGCCAUUGGUUGUUGCCAUGCAUCUUUCUCUUCUUGAUUUUUAUGUGUGUGUGUGCAGUCUCUUUCUGGAUGAUUCUGUACUGGCAGUUUGUGGUACAAACAGGGGAAGAAACCAAGAUCGGCUUCUUAAUGUGUAGUAAACAAAUUUCCAGUCUUGCUGGAAGUUGACAUGGUUAAUUAGAGAAAGGAAACAAAUUAGAGUUAGUUUUAGUAAAUCCCAAUGAUUCCUUCAGGGCUUGUACUGCAUGAAGCCAAGAAUCUGAUAGCUUUCACCACAUUAGAUUUAACCCAGAUAUCCAAUAAGGAGAAAGAGCAUGCAAAAUCACUGUUCUUUACUUCUUGUUUUCUACAGCAGCAAUAAUUUUGCCAUGAAAUCGCAUAGCUGUCAUGGCGAUUCUCUUCUCACCAACCAAAUUUAGAACAGAAACCCAGCUGUGUUUUCCCCCCUUUUAAUUUUAACUCUUCUGUGAAUUCACCGCAUGAUACACGCCAAGAAAGUGUUUUAAAUCGCUAGCUAAAAAACAUUUAGCGAUCGGUCUUCUCAAACAGCUAAUAGCCGAUUGAAUGGGGCUGUAGCGGCUAAAUUCUACAUGAGGCGAGAAAUAGCUAGAGACACCCUCCUCGAACAGCUAUAUCUGAAGAUAGCGGUAGCUAUAGCCGGAGAUUUAAGACCUCGCAAGAAACAGGGAUGGUGUCACAUGGCAUAGGCAAGAAGAGUCUUUCUUCUUCCUCCUACUCGCCGCCGUCUUCGUCGUCGUCGCCGCCUCGGUCUUCAUAGCUCGGCUGCAAUGGUAAGGUUUGCCAAGACGGCUCCGCGGCGGCGUCUCCGGCUAAUCUCCGGUCACUCUGGCCUUCCCCGUGGCGCCGCCGCCGCCUCGCGCCGUGAGUGAGGUGUGUGGUGCUGUGGGGCAUGCGAUCUCCUCCGCCGUCUUCCUCCUCGUCUCGCCGUCGCUGCUCCGGAGAGUCUCUCCCGUAGACAACGGCUAAAAGGUCUCAGAAACUUACUGAAAUUUGGAACGAAUUCGUCUGAACAGAAGAAAAUUCGAAGGGAUUUGCGAGUUUUGAGUAGGUCAAGAUGACCAGGAUGAGGUGCAUCCCGGGUCUGCUCGCCGGCAGGAGGAAGAAACGAGUGGUUGCUGAUGCCAAGAAGGCUAGUGGGGAUUGUCCCAAGGUGAAGCCGGUGGAGUUCAUCGACUCGCCGGCCGCCGAAUGCGGCGACAGAAAGGUCGCGCCGUGCGAUGUCAAGGUCGUCGUCGACGACACGGUUGUCACCGCCUUGGCGGCGACCAAAGGAGGCGGCGGCGGCGACGAUCAUGGCGGCGACAUGGCGUUGGCGAAGAGGGGCAGCAUGUCGUCUGACUUCGAGUUCGAGUUCCACGCACACGAGAAGCCCGACGGACAUGGCGUCCCCGCCGGCGCCUCGCCGGACGCGGUGAUCGCGAGCGGGAAGGAGGUGGUGGUGGCCGACGCGUCGCCGAAGCUGAAGCGGUCGUGCUCCAACAUCGAGACGAAGCGGCCGGGCACGCACGACGCGGCGGCGGAGGCGGCGCCGGCGCGGUCAAGAUCCUACGGCGACCUCGGGAACCUGCCCGGCGGCGGAGGCGGCGGCAUCUCCCUGGAGACAACCCCGCGCGGCGCGGCGCCGCAGGCGGAGGCGAGCCCGGCGUCGGUGAGGACGUCGCGCACCGCCGACCGCGUGAUGCUGAAGAAGCGUUCGUCGAGCCAGGUGCUCCCGUCGCGGAGCCGCAAGCUGUGGUGGCGGCUCUUCCUCUGGAGCCACCGCAACCUGCACCGCCCGUCGCCGGCGGCGCGCCCCGCGGCCGCCGCGUGCACACCCGCGGGCCACCACGGCGGCGGCGGCGGCUACACCUCCGACACGCUGGAGGAAGGCCCGGCCACCGCCGCCGCCGACCGCAAGAACAAGAAGGUGAUGGUCGACGACUCGCCGCCGAUCCCCAACCAGUGGGUCGCCUUCUCCGCCGACAACUCCCUCCACGACCGCAUCAGCGCGUGGGUGAACAGCAUCGACAACGACACGUUCCGCAUCGCCGAGGAAGACGACGACGACCACCACCACCACCACCAUUACCACGGCGACGCCGACGACGACGACGGCGAGCACGCCAUGGAGCACGGUGACUGCGUGGCGCGGGCGCCGCGCGCCCUGGAGAUCGGCGAGUCGUCCGGGAAGGGGCACGGCAAGUCGAAGCGUUCCACGGCCGCCGACGAGGUCGCCCAGGCCAACACCAUCAUCCAGUCGCUCAACGCAUUCUCGUCGGUGGCGCACAUCUCCGGCAUGGGCCUCAAGGUGGUGCCGAUGAUCGCGCCGUUCUCCAGCCUCCGCGCCAUCAACCUCUCUGGCAACUUCAUCGUUCAUAUCUCGCCGGGAUCGCUGCCCAAGGGCCUUCACUCGCUCGAUCUGUCGCGGAACAAGAUCGCCAACAUCGAGGGGCUCCGGGAGCUGACCAAGCUGCGCGUUCUCAACCUCAGCUACAACCGGAUCUCGCGCAUCGGCCACGGGCUGUCGGGGUGCACGGCGCUGAGGGAGCUGUACCUGGCGGGGAACAAGAUCAGCGACGUGGAGGGGCUGCACCGGCUGCUGAAGCUGGCGGUGCUGGACCUGGGGUUCAACAAGGUCACCACGGCGAGGGCGCUGGGCCAGCUGGUGGCCAACUACCACUCCCUCCGCGCCCUCAACCUCGUCGGCAACCCCGUCCAGGCCAACGUCGGUGACGACGCCCUCCGCAGGGCCGUCACGGGCCUCCUCCCCCACCUCGCCUACCUCAACAAGCAGCCCGUCAAGCCCCGCGGCGCCGCCCCCGCCGACGGCGCCGUGUCGCGCGCCGCGCUCGAGGCCGGCGGCGCCGGGGGAGGCUCCCGUAGCGCGCGGAAGCGGUCGUCCGCUGCGGCGGCGUCGCGGAGGCUGGGGCAGCGCGGCGAGGGGAGCGGGAGCGGGAGGAGCAGGUCCAAGGGGAGGCAGCCGUCGAGCAGCUUGCCGGCGAGGAGGUGAAGACGGCGGCGGCGGCGGCGAGUGCGAGGUCCAUUUUGUGUUGUUGCGAUACAUUCGAAUUUAGAAUUUGAAGAUCUUUUGAAUUUGGAAUUUGGAUUGGAGAGAGAGAGCGUAUGUAUUGCUGCGGGUGUGAAGUUUGACUGAAUAUUGUUGUUCAGUUUGCAAAUUAUUACAGUGCAUCAUUGCAGCUAAUAGUAGGUGUGUGUGAUGAUGAGUGGAAAAUGAUGCCAAAAUCCUGUUCUUGGUCGAUCUUAUAAAUCCAGUCUUCGUUUAAACUCAA